AUGAAAGCUUCUGUCUUCUCUCUCCUUACUGCUGCAGGGGCAGCUUAUGCCACUCCCCUAGAACCUCGCACUAGCGGUGUGCAGGGCUUCGACAUCUCCAGCUACCAGGGCUCCGUGGACUUCUCUGCGGCCUACAAAGCUGGUGCUCGGUUCGUCAUCAUCAAGGCCACCGAGGGCACCACAUACAUAGAUUCGUCAUUCUCGAGCCACUACACAGGUGCAACCAACGCCGGUUUGAUUCGUGGUGGCUACCAUUUCGCUCAUCCCGACAGCAGCUCCGGCGCGACUCAGGCCAAGUAUUUCUUGGCGCAUGGGGGAGGCUGGUCUGCGGACGGCCAAACCCUCCCCGGCAUGGUGGAUCUUGAAUACAACCCGUCAGGUUCUACCUGUUACGGUUUGAGCACCGCCGAGAUGGUCUCUUGGGUCAAGGACUUUGGAGAGACAUACCAGAGCAGUACUGGCCGAUACCCCAUGAUCUACACCACUACCGAUUGGUGGAAAACCUGUACUGCGGAUAGCACUGCGUUCGGCGCCGACUAUCCCUUGGUGCUAGCGCAAUACAGCAGCUCGAUUAGCAGUGUCCCUUCGGGAUGGCCUUACCAGAGCAUCUGGCAGAACGCGGAUUCGUAUACCUACGGAGGAGAUUCAGACCUGUGGAAUGGCAGCGAGGAUUCUUUGAAGACUUUCGCGAAAGGGUCUUGA